CCGCCGCCGCCGUCCCAACCCCUAUCCGCCGCCGCGCGCCAAGAUGCUGGACAUCAACCUCUUCCGCACGGACAGGGGCGGCGACCCCGAGCUCGUCCGCAACUCGCAGCGCCGCCGCGGCAAGCCCGUCGAGCUCGUCGACGAGGUCAUCGCCCUCGACGAGGCCUGGCGCAAGACGCAGUUCGACCUCGACAAGAUCCGGCAGGAGCUCAACAAGACCAGCAAGGAGAUCGGCAAGCUCAAGGCCAAAAAGCUCGAUGCGGCGGAGUUCAUACAGAGCACGGAGGAGAUCAAGACCAGGCUGGCCGCCAAGGAGGCGGAGGUGCAGGAGGCCAAGACCACCCUCGAUGCCAAGCUCGUCACCAUUGGCAACAUCGUCCAUGACUCUGUGCCCGUCAGCGACGACGAGGCAAACAAUGCUAUUGUGCGGACUUGGGGAGAGAAGAGACAAGAGGGGAACUUGAAGAAUCAUGUGGAUCUUUGCUUAAUGCUUGACAUUGUUGCUUUGGAGAAGGGUGCCGAUGUUGCUGGUGGAAGAGGUUACUUCUUGAAGGGCGAUGGUGUCCUCCUGAACCAGGCAUUAAUAAACUUUGGGCUAACAUUCCUCAGAAUACGAGGUUUCACACCAAUGCAAACUCCGUUUUUCAUGAGAAAGGAAAUUAUGGGAAAAUGUGCCCAGUUGGCCCAAUUUGAUGAGGAGCUCUACAAGGUAACAGGUGAUGGAGAGGAUAAGUAUCUCAUAGCCACAUCCGAGCAACCGCUAUGUGCUUACCAUCUAGGUGAUCGAAUUUAUCCAGCUGAUUUACCGAUUAGAUAUGCUGGGUUCUCCACUUGCUUCCGAAAAGAAGCUGGUUCACAUGGAAGAGACACAGCUGGUAUCUUCAGAGUCCACCAGUUUGAAAAGAUCGAACAGUUCUGUGCCACAACUCCAAAUGACAAUGAAUCGUGGGAAAUGCAUGAGCAGAUGAUAAAAAAUUCAGAAGAUUUUUACCAGGAGAUUGGCCUACCAUAUCAAGUAGUUUCGAUUGUCUCUGGUGCUCUUAAUGAUGCUGCAGCUAAAAAGUACGAUUUAGAAGCAUGGUUCCCUGCAUCAAAAACCUUCAGAGAAUUGGUGUCCUGUUCAAAUUGCACAGAUUAUCAGGCAAGGAGACUUGGAAUAGGCUAUGGCCAGAAAAAGAAUGAUGAGCAGUCCAAGCAGUUUGUUCACAUGUUGAAUUCUACGCUGACUGCAACUGAGAGGACCCUUUGCUGUAUUCUGGAGAACUAUCAGAAGGAGGAUGGUGUCGAAGUUCCAAAGGCAUUGCAACCAUUCAUGUGUGGAAUAGAUUUCCUUCCUUUCAAGCGGCCUCUUGACAGCAAACAAGCUGCUGACUCGAAAACCAAGUCUAAACCUAAGGCAAAUGCAGCUUGAGCUGUAAGAGGGGCGAACUGAAACUUAUUUUGCAUUGGAUGAGAGCAUCUUUUUAUUAAUCUGUGGGUCGUUUGUAGCAUGAACUGAAACUCCAUGAUGUUGAAGUUUUGUUACCCCAUUUUGAAUGUUGUGGUUACAAUAUUGCGAAUCCAGGAUAUUUGCACUGAACUUACCACAAAAUAUAUUACAUUAGUAUUGCUUUUAA